UAGUUAUCCUUGCGCUGCCUGGGAGAAAGCGAGGCUGAACGAGAUCACGAUGAGGACACACCGUGCGCACCGAGACCUGUUCUUCGGUUGUCGAUGGUGAAUUUUCUACCAGUGAACGCACAGUCACGUCCAAACAUUCGUUCUACUCAUUAGGCUAUGCUAUGAGGACAGGCUCCAGAGAUGACUGAUGUGGAGCCUGUUGUCACCGACUUUGCGUCCACGAGCCGUACGGGCCGCCGUAACGCCCUGCCCGACAUCCUAGGCUCCAACGCUGCAGCGGCCACUGCGGACCUGCCCGACAAGCUGGCAGAGCUCUCCGUGGCAGAUGAUGCAGAGGGAGGGGGAGAGGGGCCAUCCGGUAGCCCGCCCAAGACCCCCGCCGAUGGGGAGGAGAAGGCUGAGGGGACGUAGUAGGGAUGGAGCUCUGGAUCACUGGAGGACUGACCCCUCCCUCCCCCAGCACUCCCCAUUGACCAGACAACUGUAACAGCUUCAUGUGCCGUGCUAUGCAACAUCAGGACGCUCUACAAGCCAGACUGGAGAGUGGGUUGUUGAGGAAGGGAUGAAGACAUAGAAGGAGGAAAGGAACAAAUGGAGGAUGGAAGGAUUGAAGGAAGGAAAGAGAAUAUGUUGCUUGCAAGGAGGAAGAGCUGUUGUCUUUUUUUAAUCAGUUUUAAGGUAUCCAUGGUUACCUCUGGCUCACGAUUUGUUUGUGAAUAAUCAAUGAUUCUGCAUCUGCCCUGUUUCUAUGUUAGCAUAAUAUGCAGUCUAAUUGGUGAACUACAACAUUGGUCAAACAAGAUUAUGGCCAUGAUUAAUGUCAUUGAUGGUUUGGCGGGAGCAGGGCUGGUCUUGUGUAUAAUAAUGUGGGGUUGUUCCAGUCACAGCAUUCUUUCAGAAUGUCUCCAUGUAGUUGUGGGAAUCUCUCUUUUUUGCACAACAAAAGUAUAAAACAUUCCAUUUGGUGAUGUAAGUAAAUUUUUAUCUUAUAAUCGUUGUUUAAUAGUGUGCUAAAGUGCAGCCUCUACCUUGUGAGUGUUUUUUACUGUUAAAAAAAGAGAUGUGUUGCUGACAACUGAUUUAUUAGAAGUAAUGAAGAGUUAUAUGUGUAUUUUCAUUCUGUAUAUAGAAUUUUACAUUACUGUUACAUUCACCGCCCUGUACAGAUUCAUUUCAACAUUCACUAAUAAACAAUAUUCUCUAUGUA